UCUCAGCAUGCCUGCCGCAAAGGAGGUGAACCGUCACACAAAAGCAAGAUGGAGGAUCUCACAGUCGAAGUAUGCGGCGAAAACGGAGCAUAUUAUAAGGCCUUUGUCACCGAUGUCUUUGACGACGAAGUUUUGGUAACUUUCGAGAAUGAUUGGCAACCCGAAUCGAAAUUUCCAUUUGCUCAAGUUCGUCUACCUCCAAAAGAUGGUUCCAAAACAGAAUUUCAAGAGAAUCAAGAGAUUGAAGUAUUCUCUAGAUCUAAUGAUCAGGAAGCAUGGGGUUGGUGGAAAGCACUUAUUAAGGUGCGCAAUGCAAUUAUGAGUAAAGGAGGUUUCCAAGUAGUUGAAUACUUGGGAUGGGAAUAUACAUAUACUGAAAUUGUAGCUAGCGAGCGACUGAGAGCCAAAAAUCCAAAUUCCCCUAUUGACAAGAAUACAUUUCACAAGAUCGAAAUUGAAGUACCUGAAGAGCUCAGAGAAUUUGCAAAGAUGGAAAAUGCACAUAAGGAAUUUCAAAAGGCGAUAGGGGCGGCAGUGUGCCGAUAUGUGCCUGAACGAGGAGUACUGCUGGCCAUCUCCCGUCAUGAAAAUAUACAUCGUCACAGUACCAUGCUCCAAGAAAUGCAUUUUAGAAACUUAUCGCAAAAGGUUUUGCUAUUGAAGAGAACAGAAGAAGCAGCGCGUCAACUUGAAUCUACCAAACUUCAAACAAUAGGCGGCAAAUUUAGAUCUUCAAACUUUAUAUAUCAGCGUGUCUCAGACUUUGAGGCAGGAGUGAAAACAAAUUCAAGAUAUACUGACGAAUUUAAUGUUCGAGAAGAUCUUAUGGGGCUAGCUAUCGGUGCUCAUGGUGCAAAUAUUCAACAAGCACGAAAAGUUGAUGGCAUUACAAAUAUAGAAUUAGAAGAAAAUUCAUGCACAUUUAAGAUAUAUGGAGAGACGCAUGAAGCUGUUAAAAAAGCUCGAUCUAUGCUGGAAUACAGUGAAGAAUCUAUACAAGUCCCACGAAUUUUGGUAGGAAAAGUAAUUGGCAAAAAUGGUCGCAUUAUCCAAGAAAUUGUCGACAAAAGUGGUGUUAUAACAACUGGCUCGAGUGGGAAUAUACAUAUUGAUAAAGUAAGGGUAAAAAUAGAAGGAGACAACGAACCUCAGCCAACGAUUCCACGGGAGGAGGGUCAGGUCCCCUUUGUUUUUGUUGGAACUGUUGAAAGCAUCGCCAAUGCCAAAGUUCUGUUGGAGUACCAUUUGGCACAUUUAAAGGAAGUAGAGCAACUUCGACAAGAAAAAUUGGAAAUUGAUCAACAAUUACGAAGCAUGCAUGGGUCGACUACAGGACCGAUGCCUAGUUUUCCACCUACAAGACGAGGAAUGGUUGCGGGACCGGAAGAAGGUGUCAGCGGCCGUGGAGGUCGUGGUGGUCAAUCUCGAGGACGUGGUUCGCGGGGUAGAGCUCCCACCAGACAUAACGCCGGAUUGCGUAGAGAUGCUUUAGAUAGCAAUGAAGAUCGUGUACGAGAGUUACCGCCAAGAGGUGGUCAUCAAGGAGGCGCCGGUAACUCAGGGUAUAUGAGUGGCAGGCAAGGUCGUCCUCCAACCCAACGUAGAGAUCGUAGAGAUGAACGUCGUCGUACUACCGAUGACGAAGAUACUGUUUUAGACAGCCAAGACGUUUCAAGUAUUGAUAGAGAAUCAGUAUCAAGUGUGGAAGGAGGCUCUAAAGGAAUAAGACGAAGACGACUUCGGCGCUCACGACAUAGAAGUUCAACGCCAACAAGUAAUAAUCAAACAGGCAGUAAUGCCGGCCCGUGCGACCAAUCAACAAUGAAUAGCAAGGAAGGAACACCUGCGAACGACGUUUCUAUGUCUAACAACAGUUCCCAAGGACCUAAAGGCCAGAGAGAACAUCGGUCUCGUCCUCCUCGUAUGCAACAGAGCAAUAAGCCUAAGGAAGCUUUAGUUAACGGUACCAGUGGCUAAACAACCAUUGCGUUGUUGACAAUUGCUACCAACAUUGCUACGUUACACCUGAUGAGAGCUGUUAACUCCCAGCACGUAACAUGACGCAUACCGACGCAAGGAUUACACGAUUAUGGAACGCGACAUGAUUAGUCUACGCUCGUUGUUAAGACUGUUUGCUACCGAUAAGAAUACGACAGUUUAAGAAAUCGUCAUUCUCCUUAAACACAUUUAAGGACACAUAUUAAUAUCCAUGCAUGGUUUAGUUUAAUGAUGGUAAUUACACUGUCAUGUUUGAUAUAUGGAUACAUUCAUUGGGAGAUAGAGGAUAGCAUUUGGUAAGAAGGAUUCCCUGAUUGUGAAACUGUGCCUCAUUUUUAUACCGAGCUCCUAACUUAUGUGGCAGUGCUUCGGAUGUACUGUACAAGUACACCUUAGUCACUUAUUAACGUUUAAUGAUCCGAUAUUAGGCUGGAUAAUCGCGGCUCGUACGUCAAUUAUCGCUCUGGGUAGGUUUCAUCUAGAUAUGUCGCGCUUAGUACUUCUAAUGUAAUUCGGUAAUUUUCGGUUUAUUUUGGCUCUCAUCUUUAUUAAUAUCCGAUAAACAAAUUCAGUGUUUUUCGAAUGAACUUUAAAUUAAAUUACAUUAUAUUAAAGUGAAAUACUUUAAUUCCUUUUCUAACAACUUCGAUAUUGAUGCUCUAUAUAGAAGCAAUUCUGCAAAAUGAAUGCGACAUAACUAAGAUGCAACUCGAUGUGCAAGGAAAAUGAAUUUCCGUUGUUAAUUAAUAACAAUGGUAGGCGGCAGCUGUAAAAAAAUUCUGGUUCAAAGGUAUUCCCAAUGAUGUUCCUUUCUAUUUACUUGAGGAAAUUGAGUUUUUGAUUUAUAAUUAUUAAUUAUAUUUAACAACACUAGAUUUUUAUGUUUCAAUUGCCUGAGUGUUGAGUAAUAAUAUCAUGAUUGAAAAAAAUGACUUAUUCGAAUGUAACACGAUCAGAUGUGCACAAGGAGUCGGUUUUUAUUUCCGAAUACACUUUUCACAUAAUUUAGUCUUUUUUUCUUUUUCUCUUUUUUUUACUUUUACUACAGUCUAAGCAUACUAUAUCAAACUUUAGGAUUUGAUAUCAAGUUCGUUUCUGCAUUGUUUCUCAUGAUUUAAAAAGAAAGUAAACGUAUACUUAGUAAUACCAAUGUAUGAUGUGCCAGAGAAGGAAUGAUACAUGUUUUAUGAUAUCUAGCUAAAGUGCAGACUUAGCGCAUACCUUUAUUACUAUAAUACUACUUAGUCGAAAUGUGGAUGUCUGAACAAAUAAACUAGCUUUACUAUACUAAGCUAUAAAAUAGAUAUGAUCAAUUGUUUUAAAUUGAUUAUCAAUAUUAUUAAAAAUCAGUUAUCAAUUUAAAACAGUUGUCUUCUUCCGGAUAUGACAACAACUAAUCGGACGUGUCUCAUGAAUUUUGCAAAAACACACAUGGUGGUUGAUGCAAUAUAUUGACACCUAACACAAAAUAGCUGCCAUUUUAUCUGAAUAUUCUUAUGGCAGCCAAAAAAAACUGAGAUAUCCCCCAACUUGCUUGUUUCAGAUACAUUUGUAUUGAUUGCAAUUUGUGCAUAAUUUAAGAAUAAAACAUUUCUGUACAUAGA